AACCCUGCCUGCUAGGGAUGCCACACCGCCUCGCUGCAGUCCGGGAAAGGGAUAACACAUACCGGAUCACAGACAAUCGCGCUUCUCUUUUUCUUAGUCUUCUUAGCAUAUAGGGAACUAUAGCAUGAAGAUCAUGUAGACGUACGCGCCCUCACCCGUAGAGCACCAUAAACUAGUGGCGCCGCCAUGUUAACAAGAUUAUUCAACGAACCUUCACUGCUUCCGGACAUGGAGAAGUUCGGAGGCUGGGUGGAUGACAGCGGGAGCGAGUGCUCCAAAACCAAGGACGAAGAGCAGGAGCGCUGUCGCCUAGGCGACGAGGACUUGGAUGAGGGCGAUGUGAAAGGCGGGAGCAGCCGGGCUCAGUCGGAAAUUGCAGGGGAGGAAGACGAUGAUGAGGAUGUUGAUGAAGAUGAUUGUGGAGAUGAGGGGGAUGGGGACAGACCUAAAAAACGUGGACCAAAAAAACGUAAAAUGACACCGGCUAGGUUAGAGCGCUCGAAAGUAAGGCGCCAAAAAGCGAACGCUAGAGAGCGCACGCGCAUGCACGACCUAAAUUCAGCACUAGACAAUCUACGCAAGGUAGUACCAUGCUAUUCAAAAACUCAAAAACUCUCUAAAAUUGAAACAUUACGGUUGGCGAAAAAUUACAUUUGGGCGCUGUCAGAGAUCCUGCGGAAUGGGAAGAGACCGGAUGUGGUUUCAUAUGUACAGACACUUUGCAAAGGCCUCUCCCAACCCACGACAAAUCUGGUGGCUGGGUGCCUCCAACUUAACUCAAGGAAUUUUCUAACGGAACAAUGUCAAGAGGGAGCGCGAUUUCACUUGCCCACCCCCUCUUUCUCCAUGCACGCAUAUCCAUAUCAAUGCUCCCGUCUAUCAAGUACACAUUGUCAGUCCGGAUCCAAUGCACAUAGCCUCAGAAAUCACUCUUUCUGUUCGGCCUAUGAGGCUCUGUACACCGAAGGCACGUCCCCAGAAUACAACAGUCCAGAUUACGAGGGCAACCACAGCCCUCCGGUUUGUGUAAAUGGUAACUUUGCAUUGAGACAACAGGAGACACUCUCACCAGAGGCGGAAAGAGGUUAUCAAUAUUCUAUGCAUUACACCAGUCUGCAUGGCUCACGUUCCUCCGCUGCUCAUGGUCUUGCUUACGCCCCAUCAGGUGCUCGCAGCGGCAGCGCGCACUCGGAGAACCUCCCUCCGUUUCAUGAUGUACACGUGCACCACGAUCGGGACCCUGCAUACGAAGAACUCAACGCCUUUUUCCACAAUUAGGUGAUUUUUCCCUGCUAAUGACCAUUUUGAGGGGGGAAAAGACAGAGGGAAAAAAGAAAGACAUUUCUACAUUCAAAACAUUAUUUAAUUUACUUUACUGUACACUGAAACCAGGUGUUGUGGGCUCAUCAGUUUUUUUGUUUGUUUGUUUGUUUGUUUGUGUGUGUUUUGUUUGUUUUUACAUUACUGAACAGUAAUUUUGUUUUUACAAUAAUUCCAUAAUGACAAAAUGUAUAUAAAAGACGCCAGGACAUGAAUCCAACUGCUAAAUACAUUUUACCAAGUGGGAGUGCUAUUUCUGAUUGAUUCAAAUGUUUGAACCGUAACGAGUCUCUAGUGUAAUGACAAGAAGAAGAAGAAAAAAAUGUUAAAUGAACUAAAUUGUUAAAUGAAGUCUGUUUCUUGAUCAAACAAAUAAAGAAACAUAUUGUUCCA